AUUAGCAUUUUUGAGGACAUGAGACUGCCUCAGACUCCUUAUAAAUACAGCUUGACUCAGCCACUCUAUGACUGACACCCUUGGGACAUGAAGUGGAUACUGUUCUUUGGGGACCUUAUUGGGUCCAGCAUCUGUGGCCAAGAAAAGUUUUUUGGGGACCAAGUUUUCAGGAUUAAUGUCAGAAAUGGAGAUGAGAUCAGCAAACUAAGUCAGCUAGUGAAUUCAGACAACUUUAAGCUCAACUUCUGGAAAUCUCCCUCUACCUUUGUGCCUGUGGAUGUCGUGUUCCCUUCUGUCAGUCUGCAGCCAGUCAAAUCCUUCCUGAAGUCCCAGGGCUUAGAGUACUUGGUGACUGUUGAAGACCUGCAGGCCCUUUUAGAUAAUGAAGAUGAGGAAAUGCAGUACAAUGAAGGUCAAGAACGGAGCAGUAAUAACUUCAACUAUGGAGCCUAUCAUUCCCUGGAAGCUAUUUACCAUGAGAUAGACAGCAUUGCCAGAGAUUUUCCUGACUUGGCAAGCAGGGUGAAGAUUGGGCAUUUAUUUGAAAACCGGUCAGUAUAUGUACUGAAGUUCAGCACUGGAGAAGGCAGGCAGCAGCUGACCAUUUGGCUGAAUUCAGGUCUCCAUUCCCAGGAGUGAAUCUCACAGGCCACGGUGAUCUGGACCGCAAGGAAGACUGUAUCUGAUUAUGGGAAGGAUCCAGCCAUCACCUCCAUCUUGGAGAAAAUGGAUAUUUUCUUGUUGACUGUGGCCAAUCCCGAUGGAUAUGUAUACACACAAACUCAGAACCGAUUAUGGAGGAAGACACGGUCUCUAAAUCCUGGAAGCUCCUGCGUUGGUACUGAUCCAAAUAGAAAUUGGAGUGUUAGUUUUGCAGGAGAGGGAGCCAGUGACAACCCUUGUUCCGAAGUAUACCAUGGAGCCCACGCCAGUUCAGAAGUGGAGGUGAAACUGGUGGUAGAUUUCAUCCAGGAACGUGGGAAUUUCACAUGCUUCAUCGACCUGCACAGCUACGCACAGCUGCUGACGUAUCCAUGUGGGUACAUGGUCAAAAAGGCCCCGGAUGCUGAUGAGCUGGAUGAGGUGGCAAGGUGUGUAGCCAAAGCUCUGGCUUCCCUGUUGGACCCUGAGUACCAAGUGUGUCCUACCUGCACCACUGUCUAUCCAGCUAGUGGCAGCAGUGUUGACUGGGCAUAUGAUAAUGGCAUCAAGUAUGCAUUCACUUUUGAGUUGAGAGAUAUUGGGCACUAUGGCUUCUUCCUGCCAGCCAACCAGAUCAUCCCCACUGCAGAGGAGACCUGGCUGGGGCUGAAGACCAUCAUGGAGCAUGUGCGGGACAACCUCUCCUAG